AUGCCUAUCGCGUCACCCGACCGAUUUGUGCCUCUUCGCGUACCCCUUCAAGAUCGCUUCCGCGCUACCAAACAAGUUCACGAGCUAUCACCAUCUGAGCGACUGCAUCGUACUGACGAAGCUUCAUCCGAUGUCUUUUGCUUCACGCCAAAACGCUCUAACCCCGUAUCUCCUCGCCAGGCUUCUCGGUCUGAUGGCCAUGAGCGUCGUCUCGGCACCGUCAUAGGCCUAACUAGCUCAGAUCGGCAGGUCAGCAAUGGCGCCGUCUGGUCUGUGGGUGGUUUAGCCCCUGGAGGCAUUGACGACGGACGCGGCCGACGGGUGAGCUCCGGCACGAAUGCUCGCCUUUACACCACUUCAUUCUCCAGCAUUCGGCCCAAGUCUGAGGAGGAGCAAGAGAAACAUGAAGGCCGACUCGCUCAUGCGUUGAAGAUUAACCGCGUCCAACGGAUCUUGGACUUUGAUGGAUUUUCUACAUUCCCCCGUUGCAAGCCUAAACAGAGACCGUCAUUGCGGGAAACAAAAACCAUUUGGACCGGAAGCGAAUGGAGUAAUGACUGUCACGUAACGAAGAUUCGGAAAGAAGAGCGGUCUUUGCCCAAUGCUCCGUUCAAAGUUUUAGAUGCUCCCGGCCUUCGAGAUGAUUUCUACUGCUCGAUUAUGGCUUAUUCUCGCAGUUCCAACACAUUAGCCGUGGGCUUGGGUAACCUGCUGUAUGGGUGGUCUGAAUCUUCGGGCGUGACCCUUUUAAAUGCUGGGCUCAAGGAUGGAUCGUGGCUAACGUCGGUAGCAUUCUCAUCUGAUCAAGGCGGUAAAUCUAUACUGGCAUUCGGACGUUCGAGUGGUCUGCUUUCUUUGGUAUCGCUAUUCGACAGUCUACUGCCUCGCUUCGAAGCGUAUCAUCCCGCACCGAUUGCUUGUCUGGCCUGGCGUCCGGUGACUACUCCUCGGCCUUCCCGCAACCAUUUUAACCCCAAUGUCGUAGUAAAAACGGAAGACCUGUUGGAAGUGGCUCGGGAAAAUUGGCGCGGCUCCAUGACUCUUCUCGUUCGCAUCAAGGUACAUUCUCAGCAGAUAUGCGGUUUGGCGUGGUCUCCCAGUGGUGAAGAUUUCGCUACAGGUGGCAAUGACAAUCUAUGCUGUCUCUUCAAUUACGACACUGUCAUCGACAUGGAGUCAAGUCCGACAACCGCUUUAGGUGUUCCAGGCUAUUCAGCUUUCAACUCCCCUUGCAGUGAAGAAGGGCCAAUUCUAUCAUAUGCCUCUCCUAAUCCACUGGCUGCUAUGAAAUGUCUCCAACUCGGUUCCGAGAAACACCGGUGGCGUCACGGCGCAGCCGUCAAAGCCAUCGCAUUCUGUCCGUGGCGUCAGGGUUUGGUAGCCACUGGUGGAGGAUCUAAUGACAAAUGCAUUCACUUUUAUCACACUACUUCGGGCGCCGCGCUUGCCACCAUUUCCGUGGCUGCCCAGGUGACGUCUCUCAUAUGGAGUACCACUCGUCGGGAGAUCGCCGCGACCUUUGGAUACGCACAGCCUGAUCAUCCAUACCGCAUCGCCGUGUUCAGUUGGCCAGAUUGCCGACAGGUCGCUGCCAGACUGAAGAGCCGUACUGCUGAGGAAGGCUGCAUUGUAGUGGCGAGUAGCGACGAGAGUGUCAAGUUUCACGAGGUAUGGAUGGCAGGCCGCAAGGCUACGACUUUUGGUAGCGGUGUUCUAGCGGGCAGUGAUAUCUUGGAGAUGGGCGAGGGCAUUGACAAGGAGGGUGACGUGAUUCGCUGA